AUGGAUUCAUCUUAUGAAGAGGAUGCAAGGUUGUCACCAAUAAAAUCAAAAAAAAGGAAAGGUAGAGGUUCAACAACCCUACCAGGGAUCAUAAAGGCUGAAAGUUCUGGUGUGCAAAAAAUCAUUCACUAUAAUGAGUUUGGUCAACCGAUAGGAGAAGUACAAUACCCAAGCUAUCUUGGAGUUUUGGCUCGAACAAUGGUCCCAAUAGUCUAUAAAGAUUGGCAUAAGGUUCCAAAAGAAUUGAAAGAGAAAUUGUGGAGUUGUGUGGAGAGCAAACCAUGCAAACUAGUGGUGGGAUCUCUUGAAAACAUUGUUGCCCAUGGUACGAUGUAUGAAAGAACUGGACCUCAAGAAGUUAUUCAUACGGUACUAUUGGAGAAAUUCAAUGUACGAGUGUCUGUUGAUGUUGCCAUAGUUAAAGAUGCCCCUCUUCCCAUUCCUAUCCCAGAAGAGAUGACUAUUGUUGGAGAGGCAAUAGAAUGUCAGGUGGCUUGGCCCAAAAAAUUCAUAUUGGUCAACAAUGAGGUACAAACAUCUUUUCUAGAAGUGUUACUACAUUUUCCUUCAACUAAAAUUGACUUCUCUUUUGCUUCAUUGGUUGGCAAUGAGGGAAAUUCAAAAAAUGUUGAUUUUGAAAAAAAAUUGGAGUCCGUCCAUGCUUUUGAAUCAUUGGUCGAGCAGUUCAAGUAUGAUGAAGCCAUUAACAUUCCACUAGAGAAGGACAUAUUUGGGGAGGAGAUCAGUGUACAACUUCAAGGAGUAGACAUGGAGUGUAUAUGUCAAAUGAAAGAGCUAUCCAUUACAUGCAUCAUGUUGUACAUAAGUCAUUUCCAUCAAGUGUUAAAAGCAUCGAAUUUGGACAGAAGAUUUGCAUUUGUUAACCCAUAUGUCGUUAGUGGGAAAUGUCAGACUGGUGGAAAUUCAAAAUCAACAUUGAUUGCUAGAAGAUUAGAUGAUGCAAAGCCUGAGGGUACCAUUGGGUAUUAUUAG